AUGCUUCAAUGGAUUCGUAUGAAGGCCUCCAAACAAGGAUUCAGUGUGGUUAUCGGAAGGUCCAAUAAUGGUUCAGAUAGAAGAUGUGCUUUUAUGACAAUGACAUGCGAAAGAAUCUGGAAAUAUAGAACUACACAUUGGAAUUUUAGAAGAGACGAUAUUGGUUCAAGAAAAUAUGAGUGUCUCUUUAAGGUGUGUGGUUACAUGUUUGCUAAUAAAAACUGGAGAUUUAAUCUCAUACGUGAUUUGCAUAACCAUGAUUUGUGUGAAACGUUAGCCGACCAUCCAAUUGUGUGCCGGCUCUUGCCGGAAGAGAAGGAAUGCGUUGCUGACAUGACAUUGAAUUUGGUUCAAUCGGAAAAUAUACUUGCAACAUUGAAAAGGAAAAGAUCUGAAAAUAUAUCAAAUAUCAAGCAAGUGUAUAAUAUUCGAUGUCAAACUAACAAUACGCUUAGAGGGGAUAGAACUAAAAUGCAACAAUUCUUGAAACUGUUGGAUGAUAAUAGUUACGUGUCUAGGUAUUGA